UAUAAUAACACGGAUUUACUCGUCGGUUGUUCAUUUAUUGUGUGUUUUCGUGUUAUUAAUCAAUUGCUUUUUGCAGUCGAUCGGAUCAGUCAGUAGAGAAUUAUUUGCUCUGAGAAAGAUUACUCAAGCCGGAUUGUUUGAAUUUAUUACUUCCAUCAAGACAGUUCGUAAAAAUAUUAUCAGGAUGAUUUCAGAUUUCCAAAAAAGGUCUGCUAUGACCAUUGGUGAACUGGGCUCUGUGAGUCUUGAAUGGAUUCAAAAAGGCUCUGGGUCACAUAUUACUGGUCUGCAAACACAGCUCCAGUUCAAUAACACAGUGGCACCCAGUGUUCUUAACCAAGCCACCCGCAUGGGGCCCCCUUCUCCCAUCAUAAUAGAGAAACUUAUACCCCGUACAGAGAGGCAGGAUGAUCUGGAGAGCUGCAGCAGCUCCGUACGUCUCUCAGUCCUCUCAGAAGAGCGCCUGCAGGCUGCCAUCAGACUUGCCAGGAGAGAUCUGCGCAGGAAACACCAGGAAUCCAUCAGCCAUUUGUCACUUGAGCUAGCAGAGAGAUCCCAGAAUAACAGCCCUGAAAGAAGCAACAUAGAGUACAGUCCUCGUGUGGUGCACCCAAAGAUGUCAGGUCCAAAGAAGCAAUUAAAAGAUGGUGCUCAGGUGCUUGUUUAUACUCCUCAGGAACCCAAUAGCCAACUUAAACAGGGCCAGGCACCCACCAAAGACCUCGACCCGAGAGUCAACAACGGUGAACCUCAGCUCACCCAGGAGAUCUGUAAAUUACAGAAGGAGCUGAGCACAUAUGUUCAGAGGAUAGAGCAGUUAGCUAAUAAAGGACGUGCUGUGGAGGUUCUGGAGUCUGAUGAGAAACAAAGGAUGGAGAUCCGGCGACAGGAGCAGGCAGCCCGUUCCGCACGCGUCAUCUAUGUGUUACAACAGCAGGUUAAAGAAAUACAGGAUGAUCUAGACAAGCUGCAUUUCCAGAAUGUCAAACACAGCAAAAAGUCCAGGGCAAUGGACAGACUGGCUGCUGCUCACCGGGGAGCUGUAAGAGCCAUGCAGGUUUUUAUCAACCAGCUGUUGGACCCUGCAGAGAACAGAGUGCCCACCCACUGCAAAGAGCUGGUGCAGCUGAUUCGCCAGCUCUCUCUCUGCUCAGCCAAAGCAGAGGUGGGGCAAGGAUCUGCCGUACCAGAGACAGCCCUCGACAUCCUGCAGAAAUUAGAGACGCUUGACUCAGCACUGAGUAAACAGGAGACAACCAAGAAAAGAGAUGUAGAUUUGCAAAAUGUCAACCCAGUGGAAAAGACUUCUACCAGGGUCAAGGCCUGCAGCAUGUCCCCUCCCCAUCCUGCUAGAGCACCAGCUGAGAGGACCUCACGAAGACCCCGAAAGCCAGCUGCUGCAAAAAAGCCUGGUGGCAGCAGACUGGCAGAAAAAUCCCACAGGACCUCACAAGCAUUGGUGAAGGAGCGCAGUGAAGUUCUGAGGGCAGGGCUAGAGAACCUCUUGCAUCAUCAAAAACUCAGAGAGGCAGAAGCACAGAAACCCAACAAAACUACCAGUGCCAUCAACCCAGACCAUGCUAAGGCCGGUCAUGUUUGUGAUGCCAGCUUCCAGCAGCCCACUGUCUCAUCCCGACUGAGGGAAAACCAGGUACCUCAGAAAGAGGCCACUGUGCCUUGGAUACCAACAUCCCCUCAUUCUCCUCCUCUCCCACGUGCUGUGUCUAGCCGGCCAGAGCCCAGAUGUCUGUUCUCACCUAAAAAGAGCCCUGAAAAGCAGAAGCCACAGACCAGACCCAGUGGCAGCACACAGCUCAGCCCUUCAUCACAUGACAGGAAACAAGCACAAAAUGAAGCCCUUAGGCAAGCCUGGCUGGACAGGGUGACUGCAGACAGACUAAGAGAACUGAAUCGUCUGAGUAAAGAGGAGGCUGACCGCAUUAACAUACUCCGGACCACAGUGGGCUCUCCAACACAAUGGGCGGAAAAAGCUGAGCAGACCGCUAGAGAGAGAAUUCAGCCUUUGUUGGAUCAACCACAGGUGGUUGGAACAGGAAGUGACACACUCAGAGAGCGGCUGAAUGUUGCAGAUAAGCCUGGGGCCAGUGCGGACAAACUGAGCGAAGCUCUUUUGGAAGAUCUUCUGGAGGACGCCGCUCGAGCUUUGUGGUUAACUGAGAGGCAGCAGGUGGCUGAGACUGAUGCUGAAAGGCAGCUGCAGGGCCCCACAUUAGAGAGCAUGUGGAUGAGGAUGGAGGAGAUGGAGAGAGACCAGGAAGAAGUGCGUAGACGCUUUGCUAUGAUCUCAUACUCUGACCCUCUUAUCUGGGAAAAAGGCACAGAUGCUCCGAGGAAUAUUUCUAGCUCUAGGCCAGCCUCUCCUCAGCCAAUCCGACUGACGAAACCAGUCCUGAAUGCACCCGGUACGGCUGACAUCCUCCUGCAAAAGCCAGUGGAGACUGGGGCUGUAUCAGACACAUCAAUACUAGAUGAGGAUUCUGUAACUUUAAAUGACCCCAGUCAUCCAGUCCCAGCUGGAGGAGAAAGUACACCAUGGGUUUAUCUGACUGUGCCGCCCAGCAUGCAGAGGAGUAUCCAGAAAUACAGGGAGAACCAUUAUGCCUUCCUGCGUCUGGUCUCGCACGAGGCUCUGGGGAGCUUCAAUCCUUGGGCAAUAGCAGACAGUCUGGCUGAUGAGCUAAUGGCUGAGGCUCUGGCUGAUGUGGCGGCAGAGUUCCAGGAUGUUUGUGAAGAGUAUGCGGAAGCUGUUUUCACUUCAGAGUUCCUCCAGCCUGUCCAGUCUCCCACCACGUCAAUGUCAUAGAGACUCCUUAUAAACAACUUAGAAGCAAUGACAUUUUGAUAUGUUUUUGGAACUGAACAUCCAGGUUUAUAUUUUUGUAUGUUUUUCCAUGUACAAUCACUGAAUAGAACCUGCUGGUUAGAGCACGGUUUAUACUCCGACGGGCAUUUCUGUUGUAAUGUGAAACCUCAGUGGGCGGUCUGACUUUUAAAUGCAAACAGAUGCUUUUUAGCACACGGCUAACAAAUGUCACAUUAAUGUGUCAUAAUCCAUACAACUUUCUUUGUGCAUUAGUCAAUGCAUUAGUCCACUUUUGCGGUUGCUAUUCAGCAUAGACAAAAGCCUUAAAAGAACCUCUAUAUUAUUAAUGCAUUGCAAAUGAUACGAUUUUUGCUGUUUUCUAUGAAUACCUCACACUAGAGGUUCACACGCUUCCUUCCUCUUGAAUGAGCAUUAAGGGAUGCAGUAAUGCUGUCCACGUCAGAACACAAACUUGUUACUUUGUGGACUGAUUUCAUACACUCUACAACAUAUGUUUUGUUUCUCUGUGCUAAUUGUCUUUAAGUUCACUAAGCAUCCAUAUGUUGCCCAGCGUGAUUGGACAGGUGAGGUAUAUUUAGAGUAUGUGUAUAGUUUAUAUGUCAGAGCCUGAGGGGAAAAUGGCCUCCAGAUGGGUCCAGAUGUUGUGCUGGUACGCUGGGAAUGUGCUUGGACAGGACAACCAGGGCCUAAGCACUGUAGAAUUUACAAGCAUUCAUUAGGCUCUGUGUGUUGAAACGUACACGCCUACAGCUCUUAUAUAACUAAAUAAAGCUAUAAUAAUCAGAAAGUGCAUAGUUUAGACAUAUUUAGGAAUAUAAAAUGAGGGUCUGUGUCUUUUGAGGGCUUUAUAUGGCUUCAAAAGUAUUGGUUGUCCCUUUUUUGCUUAAUUCUAAUGCAGUGAGCAGAUUUUAGGGUAUGUUUCUUAACCUGUCAAGUUGUAGUUUAAACCCCCAGAUGUGAGUCACAGGUUUCUUCCCAGUGUUCAGCAACCUACUUAUUUGUGAAAAGUGCCAAAAGCAAACUAAUAGCACAAGUAACUGCAUUUGCCAGCAUAUUCUAGGCUUUGUGCCAUGAACUAUUAUGAAUGCUGUGAUGCUACAGGAAUAUAGUCACCAAUUUGGCAUGAACUUGUUCUUGGUUGUGUUUUUAUUGCUGGUGAAAGAUACCUGUUGAAUCUGCAUUGUAUUUAUAAUCAUGAUUUAAUUUAUAAUGAAAAUAAAUGUUUUAAAAUGGCUCU